CACUUUCAGCAAAUACCUCGCAUAUUAACUGUUAUAUUUAUGCAACAGAGUUAUAAAAACAGCUGGAAUACAAGUAGCAGACAAUAUUUUCCAUAAAGAACAAAGUAGCGACUCGCCUCCUGGAUACUGUGUUGGACUCCCGGAGGAACGUGUACAGAGCAUCAGCUGUGAUUACUCCGUAGAAUUGUUGCUGAUUCUAGUAAAUAUUGCAUUUUGCAAUGGCAUACAGUUAUCGAGGUAGAGGAUAUCGUGGCCACAGAGGUGGAUAUCAGCAGCAUGACAUCAAAGAAACCAAUGAUGUGUUUCCAGUGAAAAGGGCAUAUGCAUAUAGUGGUGAAGCACCCCAUUUGGGAACACCUUCUGUUAUUGGAAAUUAUUCUGUUGAUGGCAACAGGGAGUUUGGAUAUGACAGAUCUAUGCUGCAGUUUCUCAAGAACAAAUACUUGCCUGAAACAAAAAUGAAUGUACAUCUGGAUCUGAAUAAGGGUCUUGAGGAUGCAGUUGAAUACAAAGGAAAUCCACAAGAAAGCUUUGAAAACUUCUUGCAGUGGGUUUUCAAUAAUCAAGAUGAUUUGAUGGCUGAUGACACUUCACCCAG